AUGUGCCCAUUUCUUAAUGCAGUCAGAAUACUGAUCUUGUGGUUCAUUAUAAUGGCCUUGUUUGUAAAAAAGAAUCAAGGGAAAAGAAUAGCUGAGUUGACUUGGACUUGUUUAGAUAAAUUUGGAACUAUUUUAUAUAACUUUCACUAAAGAUGUAUUAUAUGAUUUCCUCAAUUAAUUUUUACAAUCAAUUAAACUAUCAUUAAUCUUUGCAUCCUUCAUUGCUUAAUAACAACCAUUAGCCUUUAUAGCUGAUGCUUUUAAUAAUUUUAACUGUUUCAAAAAUACAUCAGCUUCUAUCAAUCUAUUUUCAGAAAAUCGAAUUACUUAAUUUUUUUCUUUUCUUUAAUAUUAUAAAUGUAUAAGCUGCUAGAAUAACUAAAGAUGCAUAUCAUUUGCCAUAAAAAGGAAGUAACAGAUGUAUAAAUUUAGAUUUCUUAGCUAUCACAGCUACUUAAAAGCCAUUCAAAUAUAUAUAAGAAUUAUGAAUAGAAAAAAGAAGGAACUCAAGAUAAGUAUUUCAAGGUUUAGUUUAUUUGGAUAUUGCAAAUAAUCUUAUUACUUUUGAAGAACAGUCAUAAUUAGACUAGAAAUUGA